AUGAAGGUCCUAUUCUUCACUGUGCAUCUUCUGGCGCUAAUGGUGUGUUUCUCGACUGCUGACUCGGACUGGGAAAAAUGGUCUUAUGAAAAGCAAAACGAAAGACAGUUUGAGCUGACACAACAGCCACUCCGACAGCUCCCUGUCCAAUUCGGCUACACCUCAUAUACACAUCAACCAUAUGUGCCAGUCCCUUAUCCACCAAAGGCAUAUGUACAUCAUCAUCCAUAUUUCUCUAGAGUAGUGUGGCAGAAACCAUAUGCCUCCUACAUGCCACUGCUGCCCAAAAUCUAUCCUUGGGUUGUCGUUCCUAAAAAUCUACACCCGGUACUCUCUUUGACUCCCCCCAAACCUGUCCACGUCCCAACAACAAGUCCUAGCGACAGCCCCACAACUCCCAUAGAGACCACAACUGUUCCCAUCACUAACACCAUAGCCACUACAGUCACUCCAGAUGCCUCCUCCAAGUUUGUAACCACAGAGUAUAGCACAACUGCUACACUUCCAACUUCCUCAACCCCUGAAUGGAAGGUGUAA